AACUAAGUUUGGUGGCGGGGCGGAUGACGUGGGGGAGAUGCGCUGACGCACGCGCACUCGCUCCCUCCCACCCAUCAUGGCCGCUCUGUACGCCUGCACCAAGUGCAACCAGCGCUUCCCCUUCGAGGCGCUGUCCCAGAGCCAGCAGCUGUGCAAGGAAUGCCGAAUUGCACAUCCCAUUGUAAAGUGCACUUAUUGCAGAUCAGAGUUCCAACAAGAAAGCAAAACCAACACGAUAUGUAAGAAGUGUGCUCAGAAUGUGAAACUGUAUGGAACACCCAAACCGUGCCAGUAUUGCAAUAUAAUAGCCGCCUUUAUUGGAAACAAAUGUCAGCGAUGUACAAACUCUGAAAAGAAGUACGGUUCACCUCAGACUUGUGAACAGUGCAAACAGCAAUGUGCAUUUGACCGAAAGGAUGAUAGGAAAAAGGUUGAUGGGAAGUUGCUUUGCUGGCUGUGCACCUUAUCAUAUAAGCGAGUUCUCCAGAAGACCAAAGAGCAACGGAAAAGCCUGAGCUCUUCAUCGCACUCAUUACAAGAAAAAGAACCAUACACCAGACUCAUCAGUGCUCAUUACAACAGUCAGAAGACUUUAUCUACAUCUUCACUUCAGAAUGAAAUUCCAAAGAAGAAGCCAAAGUCUGAUGGCCUGAGUGCAAAUGGAGACAGUUCUUCUCCGGAUCUCGCCCUCGACUCGCCAGGCACCGACCACUUUGUGGUCAUCACUCAACUCAAGGAAGAAGUGGCGACACUGAAAAAGAUGUUACAUCAGAAAGAUCAGCAAAUACUCGAUAAAGAGAAAAAGAUUACUGAGCUCAAAGCUGAGUUUCAGUACCAAGAAUCGCAAAUGAGAUUGAAGAUAAAUCAGGUCGAGAAAGUGCACAAGGAAGCGCUGGAUCAAUUGCAGACAAAGAACAGAGAUCUUCUGAAGCAAGUUGCAACCCUGUCUAAAGGCAAGAAACCAGACAAAUGUGGAGCCACUGUUACUUCACCAUAAUGUAUUAACUCCUACCCGGCCAAGCAUUGUAAAAAGAACUUGUGGAUGAAGUGGGGCAUUGUUCAGUGCUGUGCACGUCUUUUAUAAAAUAAGAAAAUCCAUAUUUUUGCCCUCGAUCACAUAGCAUCGACACUUUGUAUAUUGGUUGAAUGACCUCAGUUUGUUGAGCCAUCCCAUGUUUUAGCCAGCCUGAAGGGAUUAAAACCAGGGUAGUAACUCUUCCAAUGCGUUUUUUCCCCUAAUUUGAUGUGUUAACGGUGGUAAAGUCAGCAAGAGUGUCAAAUUUUGAUACACGAUUCUUUUAGCUUUGUCUUUGUACUCGUGCCAUGAAAGAAAUAUUACCGUAACAACAUUGGGUUUCCAAUGGUUUGUUUCACUUUUUACAGCCAUUUUUAAAAGCUGUCUGUAAAGUGUUGUACAGUUUAUAUAUGUAUAGUGAGUGGUGCGUAUGUUUUUGUAUGAACUUGUUAGCUAACUUCUCAUUAAAAUAUUUCAUAGAUGUGCA